AUGGAUCAAACAAAAAGACCUUUACGAAUCCCGCCCGAGUUUGCAACUUAUGCAGAAAAACAUGGCAUAUUUGAUAUGUAUAAGAGGCUGAUUGAGCAGUUGGUGAUCAUAAGGCCAGAUGACCCAAUUACAUUUCUAAUUAAUCAGCUUAACAAGGAAAAUGAUGAUGUGCCGAAGAUCAUCGUCCUGGGUCCACCAGCCUCGGGCAAGCACUCAAUUUCAAAAAUGAUUUGUAGCAAGCUCCACUGUGUCCACUUGACCAAGCAAAGCCUGAUCGAUGAAGCAGAAGUUACUAUUCGAGAAAAAGCCAGGAACAUUCUGGCAACUUAUACUACUCUGCCAACUGACAUGUGGAUGGAGAUCUUGAGCGAACGCUGUCAAAUGCCGGACACUGCCAAGAAGGGCUGGCUGUUGGAAGGGUUUCCACAGACAAGGGAACAGGUCCUGGCCAUGCAGGAAAAUGGAAUCUAUCCAAAACACUGCAUUAUUCUGGAAGCUCCAGACAAAGUUGUGAUUGAGCGAGCUGUGGGCAAACGAGUGGACACCAAAACUGGAGAAGUCUAUCACAUCACCUUUGACUACCCUGGCAAUCCUGAAGUCCAAGAGAGGCUUGUGGCUCCAAAAGGUAUCACUGAGGGUGAGAUGGUCAGUGAACUGCUAGUUUACCAUCGCCACAUUGAAGGAAUUCUUCGAUGCUAUGAGAAUGUAACCAGAAAGAUCAAUGCAGAUCAGCCCAAAGCUGAUGUGUUUUCUCAAGUGUUGUCGUUCCUGUGUAGCCAGCCAAGAUCUAACGCUCCACACACACCUCGUGUAGUUUUGUUGGGACCCAUUGGGAGUGGCAAGGGAGUGCAGGCAGCUCUUUUAGCCAACAAGUACAAUCUGGUCAAAGUUUCUUGUGCUCAACUGAUCAAACAAGCCAUCGGACAAGAAACCAAAUCUGGCCUGGCUGCCAAACCUUAUGUAGACCAGGGUCAAAUGAUACCUGAUAAAAUUGUGCUGGACAUUCUACAAGAUCGCCUGUGCCAGCUGGACUGUGUCACUCGUGGCUGGGUCCUGUAUGGUUAUCCACGCAGCCGUGAACAAGCCGAGCAGCUGGACAAGUCUAGUCUCACACCAAACAGGGUGUUUUUUCUGGAUAUUCCCACUGACUCAGUCAUCGAGAGGCUGACUCUGAGAGCACUUGACCCCAUCACUGGGGAGAGAUAUCACAUGCUCUAUAACCCACCUCGCAGUCUACAGGUCAAGGAGAGAUUGUGGAAACAUCCCAGAGAUUCGGAGGAGAACGUCCGCAAACAGCUGUCGCAGUAUCUUGCCUAUGCUGAAGAAUUGUAUGAAUUCUACACCGAGGGGCAGCAUAUCAAUGCAGAUCAAGAUCCUCAUACAGUCUUUGAGUGCCUAGAGAGCCUAAUCUGCAAGCCUCUGCCCAAAUCUUUCACCUAG